AUGGCAGACGUCGCCGGGGGUGCCGUCAGCUCGCUGUUGGGCAUCAUCCGCGACGAGGCUAAGCGGCUGGGCGGUGUCAGUGGUGAUGUGCAGUUCAUCAAAGAAGAGAUGGAGAGCAUGAACAGCUUCCUCAUGCACCUCGCGAGGAAGACGCCCCGCAGCGGGGAGCACGACGAGCAGGUCCGCACGUGGAUGAAGCAGGUGCGCGACCUUGCUCACGACAGCAGCAACUGCAUCGAGGUCUACCUACGGCGCGGUGAUCCGGCUGUGUACCGCGCCAGAGGAAUCCUGAUGGGUUACAUGUGGUGGGUGCCUUGGUUCGUGAAGAAGACGGUCGCUCAGCACAUCGCAGCCACCCAGCUGAGCGACCUCAAGGCCCGGGCGCGUGACGUUGGCGAGCGGCGACUCAGGUACGGCGUUGAGGUCCCAGCGAAGGCGGACUCCGACAAGCUGCUGACGGAGGGGGCGGCGUCAUCGUCAUUUCAAGCUGCUGCGGGAGUUGUAGCUGAAGGAGACUAUGACUUGGAAGAAGACUACUACCGGGCGAUAAGCGAUGAUCCACGAAGGGAGCUAGCCUUUUCCAAGCCUCGCAUUUUUUACAAGUGCACCGAAAAGCUAGCGUACUGGCUGGAACACCCGUACGAGCGUGGUCAAUUCCAAGCCAUCGCCAUUGCAGCGCCGGAUGAAGAGGAUGGAAACCGAAUUGUAAGUCAAGCAUUGGUUCAUGAUUCCGUCAAGCAAAACUUCGAUUGCACGCUCAUUCUACGGGACACAUCUUACUUUUGCCUGAAAGAACCGUGGGAUUAUCUUGGCGACCUCCUUAAGCAGCUGCCUGGGGAAUCAGUGGGGGAAUUUGGGGAGAAACAAAUCAACAAGAAGAUUGUGAAGAUCAAGGAGAAGAUAGAAGAGCACCUGGAGCUGGAGAAAGCUGGUAAUAAAGGUCACCGGGUUGAACCCUUAGGAGUACUCUGCCGCAUCUUGCGGGUGCUGCUCCAGGACACCACCGCUGGAGAGAAUCAAUAUCAAACUGUGGAAGAGCUCCUUGAAGAGACAGCGGAGAAGAUGAAGAAGUAUCUGGAAUCAGCGGGUGAAACUGGUUCAUGCACGAUUGGUGUCAAGCAUCCCCAAUACGUAGCCAUCCUGUGGGAGCUGCUUCCGAAGCAGGCGACCACACCUGCCAAGGCAGCCAAAAAUAAACCGUGCAAGGAUCAUAUCGUGAAGAAUAUUAAAGAUAUCACGCUGAAGAUUGAAGUGCAUAUCACGCCGGAGCUACUGCUGCCAGUGUCACUCCACCAGCAAGAUAAAUCAAUGGAAGAAUCAGGCGAAGACCAGUUGUCACCGCCCGACCAGGAGGACUGUAGGGAGAGGAUUGAACAAGUCCUGAAGAGGAUCAAAGAGCACCUGUUGCGCCUGUUGAUUCAAGAAACCGUGGGGAAGGUUAAAAAGCAUCUGCAGGGUACAAGGACACUGGUCGUUCUCCUCAAUGCCUCCGGCUACAAAUGGGACGAGACCGCAAAGGCCUUGCAAGAUUUGGGUUGCAGUUCAAUGGCAGUGGUUGUUACCACAAAUUACAAGCAGAGGGCCAACGAGUUUUGCUAUGGGACGGAACCCAUCGUAUACUCUUCUAUUGAAUACUACCAUGAAACAGCGCUCCAACUUACAAAUCGGCGUGUGAACGAUGACGAGAAGUAUAGCGCCACAAUCUUCCAUGAGAUCUUGCAGAAACUGAGGGUGGAUCACUUCUUCGUAAAGAUGUUCAUCCAUGCUCUGUUUGCCAAUCCAAUGAGGAGCAGAGAAGAACUGGACAAGUUGAACAACAGCCUUGUGUUCGGAGAAUUCGCCGAGACUAAUGGCUACAGGAUGAUCAAAUUCUCCUACAACGAUCUGCCUAGGGAAUACAAGGCUUGCUUGCUAUAUCUAGCCAUCUUCCAUAAACGCGAGAAGAUUGACCGGACAAGGUUAAUCGGGCGGUGGGUUGCAGAAGGACUGAUAACUAGACAAGACUGGCCCAGUUCAGUAAGUCAGGCAGAGCAUUGUUUUGAGGUACUUGCGGCCCUAUGGCUUGUCCUUCCUAGUGACGUUGAUGCUGCAGGCAAGGUCAAGAGCAUUACGUUGCAUCCACUAGUGUACAACUUCAUCACCAAGAUGGCCAGGAAAGAACACAUUCUGGACACACGCCUGUCUCUGCACCUGGCUCGCCAUUUCUCCGUUCUCAGCAACAUCCGGCUCCGUCCCUCUGAUAGCAUGCUCGACUUCUUGAAGCAACCAUCCCGUGCAUCAUCCCAGUUAAAUCUCGUGAAGGUCCUGGAUCUGGAAGGCUGUGCAUCCCUGAGAGAUAAUCAACGCUGGCUCAGGAACGUGUGCACCUCGUUAAUACUUCUCAAGUAUCUGAGCCUAAGGAACACAGAUGUCACCCAGCUGCCUAAGGAGAUCAACAGGCUCCAGCAGCUGGAGGUGUUGGAUAUCCGGCAGACUCCAAUGAAUGCCACCGCCAUAAAACACCUCAUGCUACUGAAGCUGAAGCGUCUGCUGGCUAGUCGCAUUGGUCAAUGUACAGGCACCGACACUGGUGGUGGUGCUGAUGCUAACAUACUUUCCACUGUCCAGAUGCCUCACAAGGUGAGAAAAAUGAUGGACCUGGAAGUGAUGUCCCAUGUACAGGCUUCGGAACAUCAAGCUACAGAGCUGAGAGAGAUUGGCCAGCUAUGGCAGCUAAGGGUGCUUGGUGUGGUCAUUUAUGACCGGAAAGCUCAGCUUGAGAACUUACUCCAAGGGAUCAGUGAUCUGAAUGAGAGCCUUCGGUCUCUGUCCAUCGAGAUCAAGCCUCCGCCUUCCAGACAGACUGCUACUCCUCCUGAUGUAAGUGCAGCCGGUGCUAUCAGCGCACACUGUAAGAACACACCCAAGCUUCUUGAAAGCCUGAGAAUCAGUGGAGUAACAAUGUAUGGGAGUCUUCAUCAAUUGUUCACCAGAGGCUGCAACAAACUUGCCAAGGUAACACUUCAUAGCACCUUCUUGUACCAGGAUGAUAUGGAAUCCCUCGCACAUUUGCACAACCUACGCGGCCUCAGGCUCCGCCAUGUUACUUUACACACUGGGGGCAAGCUUAUAAUCGACACCAAUGGGUUCCAAAAUCUCAAGUAUCUUGCUGUUGAGGGGGGCGGCAUCACCGACAUCAACUUCAAACCUGGAGAAGCUCCUAAGCUUGAAAAGAUAAUUUGGCUUGUCAACGGGAUGGAGUCUCUCUCAGGAAUCAACUACCUUCCCAAAUUGAAGGAAAUAGUGUUCAAUAAUGGUGUCAGGCUACCACAUCAGAUCGAACAAGCCAUAGAAGAUCAUCCAAACUACAUUGAUAGUAAUUGCGAGUGGCAGUCUGACGACGACGAUGGUGAUGACAACGAUGAUGACGACGAUGAUGUCUCUUCAGACCAAGAUGAAAAGCAUGAUGAGGAUGAAGAUGACGGAUCCGAGGAGGUAUCUGGUACCGACCAAGAGAUGUCUCAUGUCACCAUAGAGGAGAAGGCGAUGGCAAGCAAAGCUUGA